AUGGUGAUUGGUGUAUCUGCUCAGCCGGUUCUGUUCUCGUCACCUUCUCUAAUCCAAAAGUAUCCAGAAUGCCAGAAACUUGAGUUUUACGGGCCUACCGGCCCAGAAGCUUCUCAAGCCCAAGCAUUUACUUUCCUAGUUAGAGACCAACGUCUUGGGGCUAACGUGGGAUCUGCUCAAGGGCCUACUGGUUUAGGUAAAUAUCUAAUGCGUUCCCCAAUAGAAGAAGUUAUUUUUGGAGGUGAAACUAUGCGUUUUUGGGAUUUGCGUGCUCCCUGGUUAGAACCUCUAAGGGGUCCCAAUGGUUUGGACUUGAGUAGGCUGAAAAAAGACAUACAACCUUGGCAAGAACGACGUUCCGCGGAAUAUAUGACCCAUGCCCCGCUGGGCUCUUUAAAUUCUGUGGGUGGCGUAGCUACUGACUUGAAUUUUGACAUGUCUUAA